CGUGUGUAGACUACAGCAGGAAAGGAUUCUGGAGGACACAUUUCAGAGUGAAGUAGCAUGGAUGCCGUCAGCCAGGUCCCCAUGGAGGCUGUGCUCCCCAAGCACAUCCUGGCUAUCUGGGUCAUUGUCCUCAUCAUCCUGGCCAUCAUGGUCAUCAUGACCUCCUUAUUGCUGUGUCUGGUCACCGCGAUCAUUAUCUGUCACAUGCAAACUUAUUCUGUCCUCAAUGGGACUGAGAAU